AUGUACAACAACGCCGGAAUCGGGGGCAACCUCGACACCACCAUCUUGAACUCCGACAACGCCGACUUCCACAAGGUUCUCGAAAUCAACCUGUUCGGAUCCUUCCUCGGGGCCAAGCACGCCGCCAGGGUGAUGAUCCCGGCGAGGAAAGGCUGCAUCCUGUUCACCGGGAGCGUGGCGUCGUCGAUCAGCGGGGAUCUGUCGUAUGCGUACAAGGCGUCGAAGCACGCGAUGCUGGGGCUGGCGAAUAAUCUGACGGUGGAGAUGGGCAAGUAUGCGAUUCGGGUCAACACUGUCUCGCCCUACGGGGUGGCCACUCCCAUGGUGACGCGUGGCAUGCAGAUGGAUAAGAGGGCCGCCGAGGAGUUUAUGUCGGCGGCGGGGAACCUGAGAGGGGCGGUGUUGGAGCCGGAGGAUGUUGCCAGGGCGGCGCUGUAUCUGGCGAGCGACGAUGCCAAGUAUGUGAGUGGGCUCAACUUGAUUGUGGAUGGCGGCCACAAUCACAAUCAUCCUCUCUUCGCUGCUUCUGCUCAAGCAUGA